GAACGUGAGCAAACUACUUCCUGCAAUACAGACAGCUGACAGGAGUGUGAAACUAGCAGAUACUCAGUCCAAAAUAGAUUUUAAAAAAAAAAAAAGCUGGUUUAGCCUAGGCCCUAGCGUUCCUCCGUGGGCUGCAGCGGGUCCGGCGGCCGUGGAUGGAAGUGCAGCGAGCGGGGGAGAAGAUCAUGGGUCCUGAAAGAGUCUUACCGAACUCCGAGGAGGAGCUGGGCCAGGAGCGGCUGUCAGACGGAGGCCUCACCGAGCUUGGCGGAGAGUGGAGCGGAGAGGAUGCGGAGGAUGACGACGGAGGCCUGGGGGAGGACACGGACGGCGAGGGGGGCGGUUACUACUACCAGCCUCUGAAUCAAGAUCCGGACGGGCUGUCGGCUUCGGUCCAGGUCGAGCAGCCCGAGGAGAUGGGGAGCCAUGCCGAGCAGCUCCAGGAUGUCCAAGAGAGGAUAGAGGCAAUGGGCCUCUUUUUGCCUCAGCCUCCAGCCCCAGACAGCGAUGAGGAGGAGGACCCAGAGGGUGCAGCUGCCCGAUGCAGCCGUGGCUCCAUCCCCAUGGAUGCAGAUCAUGUAGAGCUGGUAAAGAGGACCAUGGCUGCAGUGAACCUGCCCACAUUGGGCAUCCCUGCCUGGGCCAAAGAGAUCUCUGAUGACCAGUGGAAGGACAUGGUCCAGAGGACCCUCCAGUCCAGGCAGAGCUCAGCUGCCCUGAGGCUGGAGCGCAAGUGAGGCGUUUUCUGUAAGAAGCAUUGCCUCUCCAAAUGCCUUCUGUGUGAAAUAUUGUAACAAUCUGUUUCUUUCCAAUUGAUUUUACACUGACUUAUUUCAGGUUAGAGGAAAGAGUCCCUGUUGUUGACUUUAUUCUAGAUUGUUUUAACAAGCAUGUAAAAUUGGAAAACAGAUUACCAACUGCAGCCUCUGGGAAUGAAACAAUGAAGUGGUGUAACUCGAUACUAUACAACUUGUUUAUAUUUACAGUUCAUCUGAUUUUACUACAUAGGGUUUUUUUUUUUUCUUUUUUAGGAAAGGGAGCAGUAAAAAAAAGCAUUUCAUGUUCAACAGCUACCCAGCUCCUGUUAUUGGUCUCAUUCCUUGAAUGUCCCUUUUUGUUCAACUUGUUCACUGCUACACAGUUGUCACGGGCCCAGGGGGUGUUCCAUCUGAGGUGUUCUAUGUAUUAUUUUGUGUGUGCUUGGAGGGGUUGGGGUCUUUUAAAAAAAAAAAAAAAAAACUUGGAACAGAUCAAGGGAAAGGGGUGGUGGAAAGUUAGCUGUAUUUAAAGUUAGCAGUAAGUUAAUGAAUGGCAAAAGUAUCCCUGAACUGCUGUGGAUACUCUUAAAACAUAAGACCAUGUAAACCUCCCAUGUAGGUGGUUUAAGACAUGUAAUGUAUAAUUCUAUACAUUUUUCCAGUUUGCAUACAUCUGGAUUGAUACUUUCCCUUGGUUCAAGAGACUUUAUUUUGUUCUGUACAUACAUGAACAUCUGUACAAAAUGACAUUUCAUACUAUGUAAUGCUCUACCUAAUUAAAGUACAACAUAUGUACAUAUGACCUGGAAAGCAGCUUAACAUUAGUGUCAGAACUGAUAAGGGGGAACCAGGCUGGAAGGGGGACAUGGUGGUGAAGAGACCCUUUCUAUUAAAUGCUGUUCUUUAACAUCAAGCUGUUGAAUAAAGCAAGCCAUUAACCACCAGGUUAAUGAAUCACCACAAGUACGUACGACACUGGCACCUGUCGUGGAUACAGGGUGGCCUAAUCUGCAGGUUGGCAGAAAUUUAUUUUCUAAGUAUAAUCACAAUUUUUGGACCACACAUUGCAGAGCAGUCCUAUUUUUUUUUAGACACUGCUGAAAACAUUACUUUCCCUACAUAAUUUUUCAAAGAGGAAAAAUAAAACUAACUAAAUCGUAAGUCAGUAUAUUUGUUACAAAUAUGGCGUCUUUCAGCCCCUUCAAUUAGAUGUCAACUUAAAAAAGAUGCUUGAACAAAUCAAGGACCCAAAUGGAUAGAGUGCCAAAUGAAAACAGUUCUUUUUCAAGAGUAUGACAACUCUGUGACAAAAAAGGGCAACUCACUUUGUUCUACAGCAUAUUAAGAGGAUGACUACCACCUCAGGAAUGAUCAGAAAGUGGAAAAAAGCUGCCGAGCCAUACCUGGAAACAAAAUGGUGUGGAGGUGGCCGAGAUGUCUGUAGGUUUAAACUUCGUGAGUAGAGGAUGGGUAAGGGUGUGCGGUUGAAAGAUUGGAUGGGGGGUGCAACCCUAAGCAAUAUACAUACAAUAUACAGUACACAAAUAAUUGUAACAAUAACUGCAGGCUUUCAUUUUUUUUCCCCAUAUAAUGAUCCUGAAUAUUAAGCAAGUACUUUUUCUGUAUAUAGUCCUAAUAGGAGGAUUGUAUAGCGCUCUUCCAUACACCAAUGCAUUUUUUUAUUCAUUUCUUUUUUAAAUAUUGCUUAGGCGCUUCAAAGAAAUUGUAGAUCACAAUCUAUGACAGAGACUAAAUAAACCAAGCAGGUUUUAAGGAGAGGGAGGGGUGGGGGUAGUUCAGUAGACAUUCCUUAAGUCCUUCGAACCGCAGUUACAUUUUCCUUCCCAAAACACAAGGCAGUCUCAAACAAGAAAGCAUUUCUUUGCAAAGAAAAUGGAAAAAAAGAGAAAAGAUGAGGGGAAACAGGAGCCCAGAGGGAAGAUAUCUGAAAAGACAGCUUGUCAACGGUUAUAUACUUAGACAUACAAAAUGAUUAAUAAUAAUACUAAUAACAAUGAAGCAGAAUAAAACCGAAUACAUGGUUUCAAAGAUAAAGAAAAAAAGACACACAAGGGAAUCAUAGCUAAACUGCAGUGGUCUCCAUAGACACCCAAAAUGAAGCUGAGGUGGCAAUGACAACAUGAAAGGCCUGUUCCCAUUUUAGUGUGAGACCACUGUUCAGAGCCAAGGGGCCAGAACAGGGCUUAAGAUGUAGUCCAGUGAUAGACUAAGUUUUUACCGUAACUGAUUAAACGACCAGAGAAAUGGAAACGAGUAUCAUUAUGCUCCCUUUACACCUUUGAAAUGCAAUAUGCUGUUAUUUUUACUGUUUCUAUCAUAGGUAAAUGUACCAAAGUUUGACUCUGCCAUCUAGUGUAACAGUAAAAUUGGGCAAAAAAAAACAUGGGGAUAAAAAAGAAUAAAACAGUGAUUGCCAGUUAACUGGAUAACAGCACACAGACUGGGUUGCUAUGAAAUAUAAUAGGUGACCAAACUGGUUGUAGUUAAAGUUCUGGUCUCAGGACAACAGUGGGAUGAUGGGAAAAUGGCAAAAAAAAAAAAAAAAAAAAAA